AUGUGUUGCUCGGUGUUGUGGUUAAUAUGUACGCUGAUACUUAGCUUGUCUCUGCGUUCUACUCAUUCUAUAUCAAAGAUAAAAUUUACAAAUAUUCAAUGUUUGGCGCUCGAUAAACCAUUCGCUGAUUUCGCCUAUUGUAAGCUCAAAGCAUUGUCUCGCGAUAAAGUCGCCCUUUCGCUGCGUGUCAAUCUCUUCGAAGUACCAAAAUAUAACGGCUAUCGACCCUACCUGUUCAACAAAACAAUGGAUUUUUGUGAAUUUCUUCGCAAUAAAAAGCGUGUCCUAUUCUUGAAUAUAUUUUUUAAUUUUUUGGAAAACUAUUCAAAUAUCAACCAUACUUGUCCUUAUGGCAAUGAUAUCAUCGUGGAUGGCCUUAUUCUAAAACCACAAUAUUUUACUUUAUUGCCCUUGCCAGCGGGGGAAUAUCGCAUGAAGAUUACCGUUGGUGCUUAUAAUGAUUGGAAGGCGAUUGUAAAUAUAUUUGCACAAACCUGGGAAUAA